AAUAAAAGAGGAUGAAGUAGAAGAUUCCAAGCAGAGGGGCAUUAUUAGAGAAAAAAACAAGCACCAUUCUUUUUAAACAGCAGAAGAAAACAGGGAAGAACAAGAUGUUGUGACAACACCUUUACAAUCUGGGACAAUCAUGUAUGUGAGUUCCCUUUUGGAUAAAGAGACCAGCAUGUAUCCAGGGGCUGCAAGGUGCAGCAACAACAACCUGCCAGUGCAAAACUUUGUGUCUACUCCAUCUUAUUCUGACUACAUGGGAUACCAUCAUAUGCCAGCUCUGGACAGCCACAGCCAGCCUGCAGGAACCUGGGGAUCUCACUAUGGCCCACAGAGGGAGGACUGGAAUGCUUACGGCCCAGGACCCUCCAGCACAGUUGCAGCUGCACACAUCAACGGCUCAUCCCCGGGACAGGUCUCCUACAGUUCUGCUGAUUACAGCUCCCUCCAUCCCACUGCAUCUGGGGGGUUACCUCCUGUAGAUACAAUUAAUACACAGCAAAUCUCUCCGAACAAUCAAAAGCACAGCUCUUAUGAAUGGAUGAGGAAAAGCGUGCAAGCUAACACUACUGGUAAAACAAGAACAAAAGAAAAGUACCGAGUGGUUUACACAGAUCAUCAGAGACUAGAAUUAGAGAAGGAAUUUCACUGCAACAGAUACAUUACAAUCAGGAGAAAGUCAGAGCUGGCAGCAAAUCUGGGACUAUCUGAAAGACAGGUGAAAAUCUGGUUCCAGAAUCGCAGAGCAAAAGAAAGAAAAAUGAUCAAGAAGAAAAUAUCUCAGUUUGAUGGCAGUGGGGGCUCAGCUCAGAGUGACUCUGGUUCGAUUAGUCCAAAUGAAAUCUCCAGUUCUCUGUUCCCCCUACCACAUGGGAUAAAUGGAUUACAGCCUGAUGACAUUCAACAGGUCAUAGUUUCAUAAUGAACAAAGGAAGAAGGAAAAGUUAAAAAAAAAGGCAACACAUCUUCUCUUGAAAAUUCCACUUUGCAGAAAGCUGUUUUCAUUUACCUCUCUUCAGAGUGCUGGUUUCAAAGUAUAGGACCGAGGACUAUGAUCAGAGUAUUGUAACUAUUGCUGAAAUUUCAGGGGACUUGUGCUGCUCAGGUUCAUCACUCCAAAUCUUUGAGCAGCAGGUAAUUUGCUUCAGACUGAGACAAAGGACACAACUGAAGAUUCAGUAAGCAUAGUUCUAGUCUGAUCAUAUAUAUAUAUAUACAUGCACAGAAUUGAUUGUAAAGUACUAUUGCAUACAGGAUAAGAUACUGGGUGUAUUUUGUUUGUUACAGUUUAUAUCAUUAGAGUGAGCCAUAGACAUUAAUAAAUAUUC